AUAAGAGAAUCAAUUAACAAAAUUAAAAUACAAAUAAAUGUAAAAACUAGUACGAAUUACUUUACAAUUUGACAAACAGAUGUAUUUAAAAAAAAAAAUGUGUACCAAUUCUUGUCAUAGGACAACUUUGAUUAACUUUUUGAUCCAGUUCAAAUGUUGACUAAUACAUAUUUUAUUUGUCUUAAUAUAACUAAGGCCUGGGCCUGGAUUUAUGUCCGGGACACUGACCCAUAACACGUUAAUAUGAUCCAUAGUAAAGUUUUUAAUACUUUUUAAAGAAGGCAGAAGGCAGUACAUACUACAUAGUGCAUAGUAUGCUGUAAACUUACCAAUAUUAUUGAUUGUUUUAAGACACAUAAAGCCACACCCUCAUUAAAUCCCCAUCAGCUGUUCAUGAUAUCUGAUUAUUCAAUCAAACACAUGCAGGAAACUUUCUCAGAUGCUACAGAGUUAAUAGACAUUAUUUGCAGGUCAUGAAUGAUGUUGAAGGGCUCUGGGCCGAGCUAUAAUGUGUCUCAAUCAGAUUUUCCAUAUUCCUUUAAUGAGGAAGGAUAUCUGCGACACAGAGAAACCUACAAACCCUACAGGUUUACAUUCAAACUAAGUGAUGUCCAGGGAACAGAGCGAGAACAUCAAAGCCUGUGUCAUUACAUCACUCAACACGUCUACAGCCUCUUAGAAGAGAACUUUCAUCUCAUCAGGUUUUAUUUGGAGGAGGGCAGUUUUGUAUUUUUGAGUCCAGGAGCUCUGGAGCAUCCCGGGAGCCUCAUGGUUCUGAUCCAGGACUGGGGAUCUAUGAGAUGUGGCGUAUGGAGUUGGAAGAUCGUGGCACAUGAAGGACUGGAACGAGGCAGUCAGAUUCCAUACCUGCGCUGGGCUGCACUGGAAUCUUGUGCAGUUAUCCUAAUGAAUCCCAACGAAGGCGGUCAAACCAUGGAACGACACGUCCAGUUAGUUUGGGAACGUCUGAUGUCCAAUAGUUCUGCUGAGCAUAUCUUUGUGGUCGCUCAUGGCUAUGGAGGACUUGCUUUUGUAGAUCUGCUGUGCCAUUGGCUAGACGAGGUUGAGAAUCGAGUGAAGGCGGUGGCUUUUCUGGACUCGUCUCAUAGCUUGUGGCAUCAACCCUUGGGUAAAGCCGGUCGUGAUUGGUUAAAAUCUCACUCUAGAACUUGGAUCCUCAGCACAAAACCUCUGAACCGGUCUGUAGGUUCAUUGAAGGCAGGCUGCCCGCAGAUAUCAGCAGGUACAGAAUGUCACGACUCUGCACCUUCAGUCUGCAUGGAGUCGGUGUUUCGCUUUUUUACCAAGAUUAUGAAACCUAAAGCCCCACCGACUCCAUUUGAAAUCAUCACUAGAAGCAAAAGUCGUAGAAGUGACCCAAAUAAUAAUUCACCUUCUUAUUGACAAUGAAUUUAAAUAAAAAAUAACAGCAUCAGAAUGUUUACUUUCUUACGACACAUAACUUGAAUGAUUACUCCAAAGAUAAAUGUUUAGUUCUUUGUCAUUGCAAAUACUCAAAAUCAAUGUUGUGCGAGUUAUUCAUGUUAACCAGUGGUCAAAUAAUAAUUUAGUCAUUUGUUGUGGGUAAUCAAGCUAUCUCUGAAUUCUUGCCAAAAGUUAACACAGUAUUUCAACCUUUACAGUUUAGUAGUAUUAGCUACUAUAUAAAAUAGCUUAAUAACCAAAUUGUUCUUAUUGAAUAGUUAAAGAUGUUCUGGAGGGUGAAGGUGACCUCAAUCCACUACUUGCUUACAUUCAGAUCUAUCAGCUGC